AUGAAGAACACCGACGUCGUAGAGGACAUGGAGGAGAUUGCUGCUGAAUCACAAUCUUUUGAUGAUCUACCUGAUACUACGCCAUUCACGUUCGGGUACCCACUAGACGAGGACGGGGCUCCGGAUCUUGGAGACGGAAGUGACGCCGAACCAUUGGUGAUUGGAGUCACGACGAAAUUCUUACUCAAAGUGGCCACGUGGGAUCCCGACACAUUUGUCUUUCAUAAAGACGCGACGUUUAAGCUUGAAAAUAAAGCUUUCUCUACAUCUUAG